AUGGCAGUCUCCACAGGAGUUAAAGUUCCUCAUAAUUUUUGCUUGUUGGAAGAACUUGAAGAAAGACAAAACGGAGUAGGCAACGGUAUGGUUAGCUGGGGCCUUGAAGAUGAUGAAGAUAUGACACUUACAAGGUGGAUAGGCAUGAUUAUUAGGCCACCAAAGGCAAAUUAUGACAACAAAAUAUACAGCUUAAAAGUAGAAUGUGGACCUAAAUACCCAGAAGCUCCUCCAUCAGUUAGAUCCAUAAUAAAAAUUAAUAUGAAUGGAAUAAGUAAUUCCAGUGGGAUGGUGGAUGCACGGAACAUGCCAGUGUUAGCAAAAUGGCAAAAUUCACACAGCAUUAAAGUUGUACUUCAAGAGCUAAGACAUCUAAUGAUGUCCAAAGAAAAUACAAAGCUUCCACAGCCACCAGAAGGACAAAUAUACAACUAA